CAAGCUGCGGCUCAGUUUCGCGGAGAACUUCGAGCAGGCCACAUCGGUUUGCCACACACGGAAAAGCGCUCCAAGGCAGGAAAAUCCACCAAGAAAAGGGGCAUACUCGCGCGCGCCUGCCCCAAAAAACGCACCACCAUUCAUUCCACUAGUCUGAUUCUUUACAUUUCCUGUCUAGUUCCUGUCGAAACCGAUCUGUAAUAUUCCGUAAUCCUUUCAGUGUUCAUUUGUAAGAAGCAACGAUUAUUUUUUAUCGGAAGCAAGCGUAAAAAUAAGCCUCGAGUGAAAGAUUGUCACCGGGAAUCGUCCCAAAAUCUGCUGCUGUUUUGUGAUGUUCUAUUUUUAAUAGGGAACCCAAAAUCAAGACGUGAUUUCAAAGAGAAACCCGACAAAGCAUGAAUUAAAGUGGUUUUUUGUCCCCUCAGCAUCAUCGUCCGAGUUCGAGCAUAACUUCUUCGUGGGAAAUUCGCUGUGAAAAGUGGAAUCAUCGUACGUGUUGCGGCAAUUGUUCGCGUGCACUCACAUCGCAGUCCAAGCUUAGCUCUACGACGCGGAAUGAUUGUGUCGAACUCAUCGCUGCGGUUGAGCUAGAACUGCAUCCGGCAACGUUGCUGUCGAAUCGCUCCACAAGUCAGCCGGUUUGUUGUUUUAUAGAUGCAAAAUAUCACCAAGCCAGCGGUACCCACGUUUCUUCCUCCAUCCCAUCCGGACGUCCAUCAACGGUUCAAAUUCUUGCUGAAGAAGGGGCAAAAGCCGCCAGCCAGCAGUGAAUACCGGGCCAAGUUCACGCGCAGUGUGUCAGUGUGUUUUGUGAUACAUAUUUAAUUCAGUGCUACACGCCAAUUGAAGCCAAUUACAGCCCAAGUGUGACCGGGCGGGCGAUAGUGUCUUCUGAAGAACGACUCGUAAGAAACGACAUCUUCUUAUAGCGAAAAGCUCGUUACAUCUGCAAUACCCGGAAGGAACAUCCUAGUAGCUUCGAGCCAUAACCGAGGUUAUUGAUGGAUCAAACAAACGACCGCACCGGACCAUCAUCAUCAUCACCAUCAUCGUCGUCCUCGUCGUUGGUGACAAAUCUACCACUAUUGCCGUUCUAGAUGAAAGGACUCAACAGGACCAAAUGUCGCAUCGUUAGGCGCUUGUUUUUAUUUUUCGCCACCCUUUCGGUCAUCCCGUUUACGGUGCUUUAUCUCGUCACCUCGGAUCAUCUGUAUCGGUUCAGGGCGUACAAUUACGGUACCGGCACUAAUGGCUCCCGACAUCAGCUUCAGUACCAUGCGGUGCAUCAUCCUCCUCCGGCCGUGGUCCACCACCAGCAGCAACAGCAACACCGGAAGCACCAACAGACACACGACCAACAGCUUCAGCAUAAAGCCAUUAAGAAUAGCACUAGCAACCAAUAUCAGAUAGACAUGGACUACAUGAAGCACCGCAUGGAGGAUCGUGUGACACGCUUGAACGACAAGUGCAACGAGUAUAGAUUAAACGAACCGAAGCAAAAUUACAAGCCCAAAGCGUGGGAGUAUCUCAUCAACCGGGAGUACCAUCUGGUGUGGUGCAACGUGUUCAAGGCGGCGUCCACCUCGUGGAUGUACAACUUCAACCUGCUGGCCGGCUACACGCCGGAGUUCCUCAAAAAGACCAAAGACGUGCCGCUGCAGCUUGCCCGGCAGAGGUAUCCAAGGCCCUCGGUGGAUGCGCUCCGGGAGGCAAUCAACGGUUCGAUCUCGUUCGUAAUCGUGCGACACCCAUUUGAAAGACUGGUUAGCGCCUACAAGGACAAAAUCCAAUACGCACUACCAAACUCGCACCACCACAAGCUCGGUAUCCGGAUCAUCCAAAAGUACCGCAAACUGGCCAAAGGUCAGCAGCCAUGGAAUACCCAAAAGUAUCCCACAUUCUCGGAGUUUGUCAAUUAUCUGUUGGAUGAGGUCCGGCAUCCGCACACCGAGAUCGACAUGCACUGGAUACCGGUGACGUACUUCUGUACGCCCUGUUUCUUCCAUUACGAUGUGAUAGCCAAAUUCGAAACCCUGGAGGAGGACCAAAACUACCUGAUAGCGGAGGCACAGCUGGGGCACAUGAUAAAACCCCAGUGGAGGAAUGCCGGCAAGGGGGCCCAUACCAACGACCUGGUGGUGAAACUGUUCACUGAACUCGAUGACGAGCAGGUCCGUGGCCUGUACGAGUACUACAAGUAUGAUUUUGAACUGUUCGGAUACAGCACGGAGGAGUACUUCAGCGGACGGGGGCGCUAGGGACGGGGGGUUUCGUUUGUAUUCAACCUCCUGGCACCGCCUAUACAACCCCAUUGAAAAAUAACAAGCAAACAUCUCUGGCUCCCACUGGGAAGUGGUUCCCACUGACAGCUCAAUGUUUGUAAAUAAAUAUCCGUUUGCGGAAUAACAAUCGAUGAUGGCGAAAUCUUUUUCACCGAAAAAAUUCUUUUCUCGCAUAAGAACAGUUAUUCGAACAAACAAACGGUUGCAAACUAUUGGAUUGCAGUACAGCAAGUCAAUUUGGGUUGAUGUGAUUAGCUAAAACACAUUCUAGUAUUGGAGUAAAAAAUCCCUAAUAUGAUUAGGCCAAUGUACGUUGUUGCUCUUGAGUUUGAUGCUGACCACGAAAACAUGGCUGUCUAGCACCGGGUUGUUUGUAUUAGAUUCAUCCAAUAAAUUGUAGUGAUCGUCAAUGCACCUGGUUAUAAAUUACCUUGUGCUGCAAAGAGGUGGUGAAAAAACAGAAUUUCCACACAUUACGAAUUUCCUAUAUUAGCGUUACGUAAUAGAAGGAUGCAGCCUUUUCAAUGACAUCAGUUUAGAUAUUUAAGGCGCGAGAGAAUGACAGCAAGUAACCUGUUUUAAAAGACAACCAAAAUGAUGAUUGUAUUGUGAAGUCACUUUUCCUAGAAACAAAAGAUUAUAUAUUUUAUAUCGGUGAAGUGAAAUCAAUUUUGAACGUCCACUAGUAUUUAGGGAAACGCAAAAUUAUUAUAGCAGCUUCUCUUUCUACUAUUAAAGACUUUGGCCAAAAAGAAUUUUCUUAUCAUACAGCUACGUAUUUGACAAAAUUCGUAGAAUAAACUAUCUCUAAAGCUUCUAUAGAUUUUCAGUGAAAGUCGUGUAUAAGCUGGAACACCUAGUUGGUAACGAGUGUUGUAGAUUUCAUGCUUUAAUCAAAUUAUGUUUUAAUAAAAUACAGUUUAAUGCUCAAAUUUAGAUGGAUCUAAAUGUAAAACCAUUGUUGUUGUAAUUUAUGUUGCGAGAGAUACAAGCACCAGACAGAGAUCUCAAUGUAUAAUUUCCUUGCUGAAACUUGACUUCCUAAUAGACAUGUAGCUGCAAGCUCAAAGCUAUCCUGCUUUUAAGAAUUUUCAAUAAGUAGAAUAUAAUAAAACACCAAAGCCCAUCCCAACACAAAGAAAAAGACAAAUAGUUACAUUUUCAUUAAUCGUUCACAUUGCAUUAAUUAUUUAUGUUGCAAUUAGUUGACAAUACCGAUCAACGAAUUUUUGGAAAGCAUCAAUUUAGAAACAACAAAAAGAUCAAUUCGUUACAUAAGAUCAAUUAGAAAGUCGUUACUUAAAAAUUACCAAAUGAUGAAGGCUACCAACAUUAAAUAGCGAACCAAAGUCGAAAUAUAGAAAAAAAUGUGAUGAGCAAAAAAAAUAUCAAUUGUAGAUCAAUAAAUUUGAAUUCCAAAUCAAAAAUGGCAAUAAUAAAUACAUUUCAAAGCGUAUGAAUUACCUUAA